CGAUCCACUGAUAGUGAGAGAUAUAGAAGAAGGGCGUUUUCUUGAAGAAUCGCGAUUUCGAACGAUAGAUCUUCAAUUGAAACUUCCUAGUUUCUUCUGAUCUGAUCUGAUCUUUUGAGUGAAAGAAAGAAAUUGAAAGCUGAAGGCGAGAAAUCGAUCGCAAGUUGAAGACGGAUUUAUCUUGAUUCACUUAUUUUCUUUCUGUUUGAUCGAUCUUAAGUGGCCAUACGAGAAGUGCUCCUAAUCACAAUAGCAGGAAGUUCGAUUCUACAUCCAGCAAUAACACUCGGAAAUUGCGGAUUCUUACAAAUUCCGAUCAAACAUCUUCAGGGUUCUCCAAUGUCGGUGUGCACUCCUUCGUCAGAUUCCGGCUCUUCAUUAUCCACCAAAGCGUUGAUCGUGCACGGCCUAGUUGUUGGUGCUGCAGUAGCUGCUGCUGUUGGUGCCCAUGCAUAUUUCUACCUUCGUGGCUCCAGAAAGUUCCGAAGCCGAGUUGUCGGGAUCAUUCCUGCGCGGUUUGCUUCCUCCAGGUUUCCUGGAAAACCUCUGGUUGAAAUCCUUGGAAAGCCCAUGAUCCAGAGAACCUGGGAAAGGGCAAAGAUGGCAACCACUCUUGAUCAUGUUGUUGUUGCAACCGAUGACGACAAGAUUGCUGAUUGUUGUCGAGGAUUUGGGGCUGAUGUAAUAAUGACGUCAGAAUCUUGCAGAAAUGGUACUGAACGUUGCAAUGAAGCUUUGCAAAAGAUUGCAAAGAAGUAUGAUGUAGUUGUCAACAUUCAAGGGGAUGAGCCACUAGUUGAACCUGAAGUAAUAGAUGGAAUUGUCAAAGCGCUCCAGAUGGCCCCGGAUGCUGUUUUUAGUACAGCUGUAACUGCUUUGAAACCUGAAGACGCAUUUGAUCCAAACAGAGUGAAAUGUGUGAUCGAUAAUCGCGGUUAUGCUAUUUAUUUCUCACGAGGGCUAAUCCCAUUUAACAAGUCAGGAGCAGUUAAUCCACAAUUCCCAUAUUUGCUCCACCUGGGUAUUCAGAGCUACGAUUCAAAAUUCCUCAAUAUAUAUUCGGAACUACAGCCUACUCCACUGCAGCUAGAAGAGGAUCUGGAGCAGCUAAAAGUCCUUGAGAAUGGGUACAAAAUGAAGGUAAUCAAGGUUGAACAUGAAGCUCAUGGUGUUGACACCCCAGAAGAUAUUGAAAAGUUAGAAAGGUUCAUGCACGAAAGGAACUUGUCCUAGUUAUUGUGACAUUUGCUGAUGGAUCUUGCGACCUAGAACAGAGAUGCGUUUUUGUUUUUCCUACGUGGUUUUCGUUUAUAGCAUAUUUAUGUCUUUUUCCUGUUGUAUGUUACAUCUUGUAUUUUAGGUGGUUAGCAAAAGAUUUGAGCUAUGGGUUGCAUGUAAAUUAGAUGUCUUGAAUUUUUAAAGAUCUUAUAAUUAACUGUAAAACAAGUAAUCUAUUUUCCUUGGAAUGCUGUUGUAUUAUUAUGCUUUUAA